AGAAGGGCGAGUGCCUGGCCAGGCCACGAGACACAGCUUCAUGCCAGGGUCCUCACAGCUUCCUCUUUACAGCAACUUCCGUGUGGCUGGGGCCCCAGAGGCUGGACUUGCUGUUGGUUGCCCAGGCCACCCUCAACCUCCAGUGUGGAGCCCUUCCCUCCCACUGGGGCCAGGCCAAGCCCCCACAGUCAUCUGGCUGGGAUCCCAUGGGGGCCUAAUAGGGCAAAGGUCUUGGGAGACAGAGGCAGCUGGGCCAGAAUUCUGGGGUUCCAGCCAUGAAGUCUCGGCAGAAAGGCAAGAAGAAGGGCAGUAACAAGGAACGGGUAUUUGGGUGUGACCUGCAGGAGCACCUGCAGCACUCGGGCCAGGAUGUGCCUCAGGUUCUAAGGAGCUGUGCAGAGUUUGUGGAGGAAUAUGGAGUAGUGGAUGGGAUAUACCGCCUCUCAGGGGUCUCCUCUAACAUCCAGAAGCUCCGGCAGGAAUUUGAGACAGAGCGGAAGCCAGACCUGCGGCGGGAUGUAUUCCUCCAGGACAUUCAUUGCGUCUCCUCCUUGUGCAAGGCCUAUUUCAGAGAACUACCAGAUCCCCUGCUCACUUACCGACUCUAUGACAAAUUUGCUGAGGCUGUGGCAGUGCAGUUAGAGCCUGAACGCUUAGUCAAGAUCCUGGAGGUGCUUCGAGAACUCCCUGUUCCAAACUACAGAACUCUGGAAUUCCUUAUGCGACACUUGGUGUACAUGGCUUCAUUCAGUGCCCAGACCAACAUGCAUGCCCGCAACUUGGCCAUUGUAUGGGCCCCCAACCUGCUGAGGUCUAAGGACAUAGAAGCUUCAGGCUUCAAUGGGACAGCAGCCUUCAUGGAGGUGCGUGUGCAGUCCAUUGUCGUCGAGUUCGUCCUCACCCAUGUGGACCAGCUCUUUGGAGGUGCUGCCCUCUCUGGUGAUGGAGAAGUAGAGAGUGGAUGGCAGUCUCUUCCAGGGGCCCGAAUGUCAGGUAGCCCUGAGGAUCUCAUGCCCAGGUCUCUACCCUACUCCCUGCCUAGUGUUCUGCAGGCUGGUGAUGGGCCCCCACAGAUCCGUCCAUACCACACUAUCAUUGAGAUUGCAGAACACAAGAGGAAGGGAUCUUUGAAGGUUAGAAAGUGGAGAUCUAUCUUCAAUUUGGGUCGCUCUGGCCAUGAGACAAAGCGUAAACUUCCACGAGGGGCUGAGGACAGGGAGGACAAAUCCAAUAAAGGGACUCUGCGGCCAGCCAAAAGCAUGGACUCAUUGAGUGCGGUAACUGGAGCCAGUGAUGAGCCAGAGGGGCUGGUAGACUCCAGUUGUCCCCAAUCUGACCCAUUGCUAUCCAAGAGCUUGGAAAAUGAUUCUAUGGAAGCAGUUGAAGGUGAACCAGUGGAAGUGCUAGGUGGCAAGAACUCUGAGCCAGGCACACCCCAAGCUGGGCGAUCAGCCACCCAGGCUGGAGGCGGCAGCCGUGCAGAGCGCUGUGCUGGUGUCCACAUCUCAGAACCUUACAAUAUCAACCUCCCAUCACACAUAACCUCUAUCCUCAGCGUGCCUCCAAACAUCAUCUCUAAUGUUUCCUUGGCCAGGCUCACUCGUGGCCUUGAGUGUCCUGCCCUACAGCCCCGGCCAAACCCUGCUUCUGGUCCUGGCCCUGGUCCUGGCCUUGGUCCUGGCCCCCCAGAUGAGAAAUCAGAGGCGAGACCAGCCCCAGGUCCUGUGGCUGACCCAGGCCCAGGGGACAUGACUCCUGCCCUGGAGGACUCCUUGUCCCAGGAGGUGCAAGAUACCUUCUCCUUCCUAGAGGACUUGAGCAUCUCAGAGCCUGAGUGGGUGGGGGCAGAGGAUGGGAAGGUGGCCGAGUCAGGAGCAGCAGGAGCAUCUUUCUCCCCUGGGGAGGAAGACUCUGGGAUGGGCUACCUAGAGGAGCUCCUGGGAGUUGCAUCUCAGGUGGAGGAGUUCUCUGUGGAGCCACCCUUGGAUGACCUGUCUCUGGAUGAUGCACCAUAUGUCCUAGCUCCCAGCUGCUGUUCCUUGGACUCUGUGGGCCCAAGGCCUGAUGUAGAGGAGGAAAAUGGAGAGGAAGUUUUCUUGAGUGCCUAUGAUGACCUAAGUCCCCUUCUGGAGCCCAAACCUCCUACCUGGAAGGGCAGAGGGAGUCUGGAGGAAGAGGCAGCAGGUUAUGAAGGACAAGCUUCAGGACAAGCUGAAGAAGAAUGGGCAUUCUGGGAGGGUGGGGAGGAUAAGGAGGCUGAGCCUGGAAGCAGACUGGACAACAGGGAAAAAACUGAGGGAAUUCCAGAGACUGAGAUGGAAGAUGGAAGGGCUGAUGAGGAAGGAGAGGAGGCUGGAGGAAGCCAAAAGACGAUGAUUGGUUUAAAUGAAGGGAGUAGGGAAGAGAUAGAAGUCACAGAAGAGAAGUCUAAAGAUCAGGAGGUUGGAAGUAUAGAGAAGGCUAAGGGUAUAGAGGAGCCAAGAAGAGAACAGGAUACAGAUAAGGAGAAGGAGAGGGGGAGUGAGAGAGAAGAGGACAAGCAAGAAGGACAGGAUGUACCAGUGGAAGCUGGAAGGGAUCAAGAGUAUGGUGUCCAGGAAUAUCUAGUUGCUGAAGAGAGUUGGGAAGUUAUUGACAAGCAAGAGGCUGAGGGAGGCAGGAAGGAUGAGAUCCAAGGACAAAAGGGGAGUGGGAACCACAAGGUAAGCAAUGACCAAGGACAUGGUGAAGACAGCAGAAGCCCAGAAGCAGCAGCUGAAAGAGAAGGGGAGGUCAGUCAGAAAAGAGAAAGUGGGGAUGGAUCUGAAGCAUAUCUAAGGGCUGGAGGUGACAAUUUACGAGAGAAAGCCCUCUCUGAAGGGCCUGGUACAGAGUACUUGGAGGUUGAUAGUACCAAAGCACAUUCUUCUGAGAUGGAACAGGCAGUCCUACAGCCAGAGGAGAUGGAGCCUGGACAACCCAUUCCUCAGUGCUGUGACCUGUUUCCCUGUCCCUUUAGUUUAGCUGGUGGUGUGGGCAUGCGCCUGGCUUCUACCUUGGUUCAGGUCCAACAGGUCCGCUCUGUGCCUGUAGUGCCCCCUAAACCACAGUUUGCCAAGAUGCCCAGCCUAAUGAGUAGUAAGAUCCACGUGGCACCUGCAAACCCAUGUCCAAGACCUGGUCGGCUUGAUGGAACUCUUGGGGAAAGAGCUCGGAGUUCCAGGGCUUGGAGGAAUGGAGGCAGUCUUUCUUUUGAUGCUGCUGUGGCACUGGCCCGGGACCGCCAGAAGACUGAGGCUCAGGGAGUUCGGAGGACCCAGACCUGUGCUGGGGGUGGGAACUAUAACCUUAUCCCCAGAACUACCCCCUGUAGCCUGAUCUCUGACCAUUCUCCUCUGCCUCUUAGCUGUCUGGAACUCUCACCUGAAGGUACGGAAGAGUCUGGAUCCCGGAGUAGACUUAGUUUACCCCCUAGAGAACCCCAGCCCCCAGCCUCCCUUUUGUCCCCCCAGCGCCGGUCAUAUGCAUUUGAAACACAGGCUAAUGUGGGGAAAGGUGAGGAACUGUGAUUAAGAUCAAAAUAUUGGGCAAAAGGUACCAGUAAGUUAUGGUGGAUCUCUGGGGUCCCCAACUAGUGGUCUUCUGCAACCUGAGCAAUUGCAGUGAGCCCCUACUCCCUGUUACUUUUUUCUUUUUUUUU